GAUGCGAAUCACUGGCGGAGGGAUACGUUCCCAUGGCAACGCCAAGGGCUCGCCUGUAAACCCGCCCCCUUCCCUUUCCCUGUGCCCUCCUUAUUUUCCUCCCUUCUCCGUCCACGCUUUCGUUUUCACCAAUCUAGGAACCCUCAGCCCUGGUAUUCUUACUACAGGUGCACGAGACCGGGCUUAUGAAAGGCUGUAAAAUUUAACCGCUGAUGUUGCAGCCGUCGCCGCCUUUCUGCUGGGGGACCUGGCCUAGACUGCUACUCAUUGAUCUUCGGGGCUCGUCAGAGGUAAUCGGGAGUUUGGCCAGGAGAUGAGAAUAUCCUAAUCUGCACCUCACAACUAUUAGUUUGCCUCUGUUAUAACAGCAACACUUCAGGCUGUGGAAGAAGUGACCCCAGUCAGGAGAGCAGAAGCUAUACCCUCAUUGCAGCCACAUCACUCCACUUCAGAUAUUUCUCAUUUCUAAAGGGUGGAAACAAAUAUGUCACCUCCUCUGAAUAAAAGAGAAAAUAAUGAGGAUGGCCUUACAUCAUUUAGUAAGGGAGAAAAUGAUAAGGAGGACAAGUUCGAAGAUGCCUAUGAAAGUAUCCCCGCAGCAACAACAGUGGAUCUAAUAUCUUCCCUGGAGGAAUGCACAACUGGAUUGUAUUUAUUUCUAAAUAACAGAUUCUCAGAUGCCAUACAUCUCAUUUAUCCAUGGUCGAAAAACAGCAUGUACCAUUCCCUAAUUUAUGGUAUCCUUAUGGUCGUCAAGGCCUUCUUGACUUUUGAUACACAGGAGAUAGAAAUUGGGAUGACUGCCACAAAGGAAGCUUUGAGAACCUGUAAUAGUUUCCGAAGAAAAUCUAGGAUGAUGAGUUUUUCUCGUCUAGUGAAUAAGCAGGGAAUAAAUGCUAUCAAAGAAGAGGAAUUGCAUGCAGAAGUCUGCUAUGCUGCGUGUUUGAUCUUGAAAUCCACUGUAACGUUUAUACAGGAUGACAGUGUGCUUCGUUUUCUUAAAAGCGGGAUCAACGUUGGGUUAAGUUACCAAAUAUACAAAGACUCUCAGCGAGUAUUAACACAGAUACCUAAUUACCAAAGUAAAACUUACAGACACCUGGUUGGAGGCAUAAAAUUUGGACUUGGAGUAUUCAAUUUGAUAUUAUCACUUGUGCCACCAAAGACACUUAAACUACUCGAUGUUGUUGGAUAUUCUGGCGAUAGAGAGGUAGGCUUGACUUUGCUUCAUGAGAGUGCAUCUGAAUCCCAUAUAAAUAAUAUCUUAAGUGUUUUGACUCUAUUCUUUUAUUACAAUUAUAUCUCUGUAGCUUUUGGUGUUGAAAAGAGCCACAAUUCUGCUGUAGAGAAUCUCUCCCUAAUCUACCUCCAGAAAUUUCCAAACUGUGUCAUACUUAAAUUUUUUCAUGCACGUUUUACUAUGUUGAAAGGAUAUUUUAAACAUGCCCAAUUAACAUUACAGGAAUGCAUUUUUAUUCAGAACGAAUGGAAGCAGGUUCAUCACCUUUGUUACUGGGAACUCAUGUGGUGCCACAUUUUUCUGCUGGAUUGGAAGCAGGCUUACCACUAUGCCGAGCUACUGUUUCAACACAGCAGGUGGUCCAAGGCAAUAUAUUCGUUCGCUAAAGCUUCCCUACUGGCCGUGCUUCCUUCUGAUUUUGUGAAAUCGGUAAGUGAGGACAUGAGCUCGCUCUUCUUAAACGUGGAUAACCUGAGAAUCAGAAUUUUAGGAACUUCUGUGCCAAUAGAAAAGUUUGUUGCUGAGAAGGGUCAGCGCUAUGCGACCACCGCAGGCUGGUUUACAGCACGGCCCAUUUUGGAACUCAUGUAUGCCUGGAGUGGUUUCCGAGUCAUGAGCAAAAAGCUAGAGCUUAUUUCAACCUGGCUAUCAAUAAUUGACAAAGGAGGAGAACUUUUACGAGAAAAUCCAAGUAAAGAGCAUGGCACAGAUGACAUAAGUUCGUUAAAUUUACUGAAAGGUCUGUGCCUGAAAUACUUAGGCACAUGUUCGAUGGCCAAGCACUACUUUAAUCAUGUCAUUCGAAAGGAGAAAUUGUUAAAACAUGACCACUAUUUGGUGCCGUAUUCAUACUAUGAACUGGGAAUUCUAUACUAUCUAAAAGGAGAUUAUGCCAGUGCAAUAAAAAACCUAGAAAACAUAAAAAACUACAAAGACUAUUCCAUGGAAGCCUGAUUACAGUUUAGGGCUCACAUAGCCCUUGAACAAAUAGCUAAAGAAAAGUGA